GAUGUGAACGGUGAUGUACAGAGGAGGAGGGGGAGAUCUGGAGGGCUGAGCCAGGAGGGAAGGGGUGUGCCGUUAUAAGAAGCCUCAGAGGACUGCAUGUGUUCAGUUGUUGCAACCCUGAGCCUUAGGAUAAGAGCCGAGACUCCAAACCCCUCUGAAGGAAGGACUCUGAUUUCUGUACGUCACCUCACAGGCUGGAGCCACGUCCCACAGGUUUCACCUCCACAUUCUCCAGCUGCUGAGUCCUCAUUCUAAACUGCUGUUCAUCCCUGAGCGUCCUGGUGUGCUGAGCGAUGAAGAUCCCUCUGUGGUUCCUGGUGGUGCUGCUGGCUUGUCUCGUCACCUCUGGACACAGCGACUGUCAGGGGGAAUGUGUGGCCUGCGGUGUUCUCCUGCAGCAGCAGCAGAUGCAGCAAGCCUUCAACACCAUGGUGUGUCUGCUGGAGUGUGAAGGUCACGUCUCGUCCUCGCUCACCUGGGAGGUCUGUAAACGGGCGGUGAAGCUGUCGCAGCAUCCUGCUCUUCCUGAAGGCGGCGCUGUGUUCAAGAGGACGGGAGAGGAGCUGCAGCUGACCUCUCUGGACCUGGACUCUGAGCUGCUGCAGUCUGCGGAGCGUUUCCAGGACGAGGACCAGACCCUGGAUCAGCGCAGCGUCCAGUACGAGUCCUCCCAGGAGGGGGAGGACGAGGGGAGGCAGCCCAGGGAGGAGCUGGAAGAGGACGACGGCUCCGAGGGCCUCUCCUUAUCCAAACGCUUCGGAGGCUUCCAGAGGGGGCGCCACGGGUACAGGAAGCUGAUCGGCUCCCCCGUCAGGCCCCUACAGAAGCGCUACGGCGGCUUCAUAGGCGUCCGGAAAUCCGCCCGCAAAUGGAACAGUCAGAAACGAGUGAACCAGCUGCUGAGGCAGUACCUGGGCAUGAGGAGCAGCCGCAGCGGCAGGUUCAACAACAGCCCCGUCACUCGGGUCUGGAGGCAAAACAAACUGUAACCUGCCCCUGCUGCCCCCUCACUCACCCAUCCUGCCCCAGUUACCUCAACGCCAUUUGUUUGUUUAUCCCAGCAGCUCGCUCCAGUUUGAAGUGGGACGUGUCCAUCAUGAACAGAUCCGCCUGCCGCUCUCUGAAUGUUUGGUGUCCUCUGAUUCAGCAUCUUUACAUCCAUCCUGUGAAAUAAAACCGUUAGAGAAGUGCAAUUGAAUAUAUUUUUGUGUGUCGGUAUAAUAAAAGGGGCCAAAUGAGAUUGGAAAACUGGUUUACUGGAGGUUCUUCUGACCUUUAAAUGGUGAUGAAUGCACUUUGAUGGUGGAUGGACUAAAAACAAGCUUCUGUAGGUUGUAUAUGUGGAACUUUAAAGGGAUUAAACACAUCAUAAAAGCUAUUUGUCUUCACCUGGACCACGUCAGAGCAGACUGAAGCUGCAGAAUUAGACUAGAAGUGGACGGCACUGUGUAAAUAUAUUUGGACUGUGGGUUUGCUGAAGCACAAACUGUUAAUUACUGCUAUAAGAAUCCAAUUUUCUGCUUAAGAAACUCAAUUAAUUAAACACAACAGAGGUAAAAUUGGUUCCCCGAAGUUUUUAAAUUCAACAAAACUCGUCGUUUCUCAAAAAAGCCUCUCUGCGGCUGCUUCAUUACCACUUACUCUUCUGCUGCCUUCUGAUUUUGCCCGUUGCGUUGAGGUUUUUUAAUGCAGAUCUUUAGUUUUUGUGGAGGACAGACAGACUGGUUUCCUCCUUCUAGGCUCCUCUCAGUGGAACGAUACUGUCCUCUAGUGUUGGAAGAGCAGAAAUGCUGCUCCUGGUCAGUUUUAUCACAUCCUUAAGGAACAUUUUAAGUAAUUCUUUGCAUUCACACCCAGAAUGACGAAUCAGACAUAAUCCUAAAAAACACUGUCCAGUGUUCUGACUUCUCACAGUAUUAAUAUUUUCUGUAUGACAGAUGAUAAUUCAUCAUUUUCCCUCCAUUUUUGAGGACUUCUUCCUUUCCCAAAUCAAAAGUCUAAAGACAAAGGGCGUCUCUGCUGGAUUUCUGGAUUUGUGAUGUUGAUAUUUAUAAAUAAAAUUUACAUCAUAUUUGGAAACAUCUGAUGAGGAUGAGAAGAGACUGAACCAGCGUCUCCAAAAAAAUCUGUUUUUAAAUCUAAAAAACUUCAGCUAAACAGGUCCAAUUAAUUGAUUUAUUAAUGGCUAAUAUAAAGAAUAGUAUUUAAACAAUCUUUUUGGGUUCAGAGUGUCCUAAUGUUCUGUAAUGUGUCAAAUUAAAACAGUGAUUAGAAGUAUUUCUUCUUUUUCCUUAGAAUUAUGAAUUAAUAGCAGCAAUACUGAAUGUAAGCUGCUCCAGUUUGACAAAAGCAAGUCUAAAAAGAGUUAUUCUUGAAUCUGAAUGAGCUCUGAGGGUGUAAAUCAAUUGAAGGUCCAGAAUAUUUAUGCCCCACGCUAAAAUCUGGUCCAAUUCCAAGCUAAGGUGGUAUUUUCAAAAAACGUUCAGUAAAGUAGUCAAAUCAUUUUCCUACAGUCUCUGACCAACUCACAGUUCUGAAGAUGAGAGAGCAAUAAUUUAAAGUGUUUCUAUGGCAGAUCUCAGGAGGAAAAGGAAACUGAUCCCAGUUUGUCCUGAGACGUCGCUCGGCCGGCAGAGGUCUAUCUGUGCAUGUCUGCUCAUUAUCACACGGAAAAAGACGUUUUCUGCUCAGGUGAAGACAAAAAUAAAUGCUCAUUUCUUUGUCCGUUCAGACAUUUUGCUCCUCUUGCAGCUCAUGUCCAUUAUUUGGCAUCUUGAUAGUGUUUCAGUGUUUCCUGGUGUUGAUUCAGAGAUGUGAUCUUUUCUGCAUACGAGUGGCUGCAGAGCGUGUAAAUGUGCACAUGCAUGUGUGUGUUUCUGUCAAACUCAACACAGAAAAUGGAAUUUGUGAAUACGGUGUAAUUUUCAGAGCACAUUUCUACCAUCAUGCUGUUGUUUUGAGUCCCAGGUGUGUAUAGAGAAAAGUCCAAUAAAAUAGUUUGCUAUUUG